AUGCCUGAGCACAGAGACCCCUCAGGGUCUGGGGUGCCACUGCCGCCUCGAGCUCAGCCUCCAAGAGAAGGUUUGGAUUCAGUGUACAGCACCCCGGUGCGAGACCCAAAGCCGCUGCUCCCCUCACCGCCGCGCACGGAGGCCGCCUCGCAGCUGGAUGAGCUCCUGGCCGACCUGGGCCACACACAGAGCAAGCUGAUAGCUGCAGGGCAGGGAGCUGGGAUGCCCGCAGAGUCCGUGCUGGACAACAUGCUGGACAGCCUCACCCGGGACCUGCAGGAGCUGGGCAUCACGGCCGCACCCGCCGGCAUCUGCGCCGCCUGCUGCAAGCCCAUCGCCGGCAAGGUGAGCCCCCGCUGCCACCCCAGCACCCCAGGGCAUCCCCCCGGAGCUUCCCUCACAGCCCUUGCCUCCUCCUUGCAGGUGCUCACAGCCCUGGGCAAAACCUGGCACCCCGAGCACUUCACCUGUGCCCACUGCGGGAGGGAGCUGGACAAGGGGCCCUUCUUCGAGCAGGGUGGGCGGGCGUUCUGCGAGGAGGAUUAUCACCAGGCCUUCUCCCCGCGCUGUGCCUACUGUGCCGGCCCCAUCCGCGAGAAAGUCCUCACGGCCCUGGAGCAGACCUGGCACCCCGAGCACUUCUUCUGUGCCCACUGUGGGAAGGUGUUCGGAGAUGAAGGGUUCCUGGAGCGCAACGGGAAGCCGUACUGCCACCAGGACUUCCUGGCCAUGUUUGCCCCCAAAUGCCAGGGCUGUGAGCGCCCUGUUACGGAUAACUACCUGUCGGCCCUGCAGGGCGUCUGGCACACUGAGUGCUUCGUGUGCACGGAGUGCCUGACUGGCUUCAGCAGCGGGUCCUUCUUCGAGCUGGAGGGGCGGCCGUACUGCGAGCUGCACUUCCACCAGCGGCAGGGCACCAUCUGCCACGGCUGCGGCCACCCCGUCACCGGGCGCUGCAUCACGGCCGCGGGGCGCAGGUACCACCCCGAGCACUUCAUCUGCAGCUACUGCAUGCGCCGGCUGCAGAAGGGCACCUUCAGCGAGCGCGGUGACAAAAUGUACUGCCAGCCCUGCCACGACAAGCUCUUUCUCUGAGGCCCAGCAUCAACAUGCCUGGCGUUGUCCCUGCUGACCCAAACACGCCUCAUAUCCCACCCAUCAACAUC